UUAAGACUAACCAAUAACCAUUGCUGUACUGAAUAACGCACAACUUUUUUUCAGAAAACCUGCAGGCGAACUAAAGGGCUCGUCACUUCUGCAGAAAUAUGGCGAACAAGGGGAGAGUUGUGCUGCUGAUGACAAUUUUGUGUGUCCCUAUGAUGAGCGCGGUACUUAUUGAAGGUUUAGUUGGAGUUGGCGCUCUCCUUUUCGGCAGCUUUUUGGCGCCUAAAAUUUAUUGUCAUUUCACUGAAUGCUGUCACAACAAGUGGAUUAAACCCAACAUAACGGGUUUACAGACAGCCCUUCGGAGGCGUGUUUUUGGUCAACACUUGGUGACUGAAACUGUUUUCAAGGCUCUUGUUGGACAUUUGAACAAUGAGUCGCCUAACAAAGCGUUGGCGAUUUCCUUCAACGGCUGGACUGGAUCAGGAAAGAACUUUGUGAGCAAAAUCAUUGCCGAACAUAUCUUCAAGAAGGGAUUGGAGAGUGAUUAUGUUCAUCUGAUCAUAGCUACCCAUGAAUUCCCUCAUCAGUUCCAAGUAGAAUUUUACAAGCGACAGCUGCGCAAUCGAGUGGUAAGUUCUGUAUCAAAUUGCCCCAGAUCGCUGUUUAUCUUCGACGAAAUGGACAAAAUGCCGAUAGGCCUCGUAGAUGUGCUUAAACCCUUCUUAGAUCACUACCCCCCUGAUGAAGGAAAGAUCGAUUACCGUCAAAGUAUCUUCAUUUUCCUUAGCAAUACGGGAGGUAAUCUUAUCAACAAUGCUGUUCUAAAACACUGGAAAGACGGAAAGAAACGAGAAGAUAUCAAGAUCAAGGACAUGGACAAAGUGAUCAAUCUCGGUGAAUUUAAUAACAAGGGUGGAUUUUGGCAUUCCUCUCUAAUUGAUAAAAAUCUCAUAGAUUACUUUAUUCCAUUUAUGCCGAUGGAGAGAUCUCACGUUAAAAAGUGUGCUAAAGCCGAUUUAGAGAAAAAAGGACACCCAGUCACAGAUUCCAUCCUAAACAGAGUAGCAGACGAAUUGUUAUACUUUCCAGAAGACCUGAAGGUCUUUUCUCUGUCUGGUUGUAAGAAAGUCUCAAGCAAAGUUGACUAUGUGAUGGGUGAUGGGACUGCAGAGUACAACUACACUAAGAUCAACCACAGUUCAUCUUUCUUUAAUUGCUCAAGUAGAGCCUCAUUUCAAAAACAGUGGUCUUCAUCUCAGUAUCUCAGUUAUUAUGUUUACCUUAGUGCACAGUUCUUCAAAAAAUGAUAUUGUCUUGAAAUUUUGUGAUGAUUGCUUGGCUGGUCGUUCUAACGAAGAAGAAUUCAGAGAAAACACUUCCAUUUCCAUUCGUAUUGAUUCGUUUCAAGUAACCAUAAAAACUUUGUUUCACACAUUUUGGUAUUUCUGAAAAAUGAAAUGAGCACCCUGUUUUGAAUAAGCACCCUCCCUUGGGGAACCAAAAGUAAAUAAGUGCUGGAGCACUAAAUCAAACCUAUGCGGUAGUUUAGUUUCUAAGGAAAGUUUUAAUCUGCUUUAGAGAGUAGCAAAAAUACUUGGUUGAUGAGAGACAUGGGAUUAAUGAAGGAAAAUUUAGAACUUAAGUAGCUGAGGAAAUCAGGCACUUCAAUCAUACUUGCUCUCUCAUAUCAAUAAGGGUAAGAGCUGAUAUUUAAAAUGUUAGCUUUUCUUGAGUUACUGCAGCAGCUGAUUGAUUUAACUCAUUUUAAUUUUGAGAUUAUAUUUUGCCAAAUAUCUCCAAAUCCCAAAUUAGGCUCUCCUGUACCAUGUUGUUUUUGACCAAAAUGAAAGUUCACUGAAAGCAAUGAUUUAGUAAAGGAGACAUUCUUGCCUCAGCUUUUUAUCUGAAUUUUAAA